GUUACGGUAGUGGUACUGAUGUGGGAUGAGUCAGGCUAAUGAUGCUCCCGCUGCCAUUUCAUCUGCAGCAGCCGUAGCCGCGGACAGAGCGCGAUCUUCGGCAUGACUUCACGGGAUUCCCCCCCUACACCGACCGCCCGGGCUCCACAAACCCCGCGCAUCGCUCCGUUUUGCGCGUAAAGACGUGCGUUGGCGCGUUUAUUCCCGGGAUCGCACCUGCUUCGGAACGACAGCGGUGACUGCCCGGGCCUAGCGCAGCCUGUUGUUUUCGCUCCUCGUCCACUCCCUCUUUUCUCUUUUCGGCUUUGUCACGGUUUGGGGGAGGUGGGGGGACUGGUUUGUGCAGAGGUUUUUUACGGGAAAACGACAGUGCCAUGACGGAGCCCGUGUCCAUAGAGCGCUAAAGAGGAGGAACAGAGCGCAAACCACACCCAUUUGCCAUCCCACCUGGACUCACCUGGACACACCUGAACAGUAGUCGGACACACCUGAACACACCUGGACACACCUAAACACAACUGGACACACCUGAACACACCUGGACACACCUGAACACAACUGGACACACCUGAACACACCAGAGCAGUAGUCGGACACACCUGGACACACCUGGACCCAUCACCUGGACAUGGAGGCGAUCUGGCUGUAUCAGUUCCGGCUGAUUGUGAUUGGCGAUUCGACCGUGGGGAAGUCGUGUCUGAUUCGCCGGUUCACGGAGGGGCGGUUCGCUCAGGUGUCCGACCCCACAGUGGGCGUGGACUUCUUCUCCCGCCUGGUGGAGAUCGAACCCGGGAAAAGGAUCAAGCUGCAGAUCUGGGACACGGCCGGACAGGAGCGCUUCAGGUCCAUCACUCGGGCGUACUACCGUAACUCCGUGGGCGGGCUCCUGCUCUUCGACAUCACAAACCGCAGAUCCUUCCAGAACGUUCACGACUGGUUGGAAGAAGCUCGAAGCCACGUGCAGCCACACAGCAUCGUCUUCCUCCUGGUGGGACACAAGUGCGACCUGGAGGCGCAGAGACAGGUGAGUCGUCAAGAGGCGGAGAAGCUAGCCGGAGCGUACGGGAUGCGCUACGUGGAAACCUCCGCCCGAGACGCCAUAAACGUCGAGCACGCCUUCACCGAACUCACCCGGGAGAUCUUCGCUUUGGUUCGCUCCGGCGACAUCACCAUCCAGGAGGGCUGGGAGGGCGUCAAGAGCGGGUUCGUCCCCAACGUCGUGCACUCGUCCGAGGAGGUGACCAAGAGCGACCGCCGCUGCCUCUGCUAAAACCACAGCUCCAAAAAGGUCGAAGGUUUAGAAAGACGAGGCCGAUGGACUAAACGCCGGUCUGAAAAAGGAACACUUUUCUAAGAGGUUUUUAACAGAUUUGAACUAAAAUGUCUUGGAAAUUGUGCCCACCUUAAUCAUAUAUUGAAUCAAGGAAGACGGACAUUUUGGGAACUUUUAACCCCUGAUAACCCCCGAUUCUAACUGAUUUCCGAAGCAUUUGGAGCGCAGACAAAAGGAUGAGCUCUUUGUGAAGCUGAGGUUCUGUAGUUUUGGCCUCUGUCUGAUCUACUCUCAUUAUAAGUGUGAAUAGGCUCUGCGAAGAAGAGGAACACCAGAUUUCAAAUUCAGCCUCGAUUAUGUUGGUAAAUGUAAGGAUAGGUAGCGCUCGUGUCUGGAGGAAUUGCCCGAUAGACAAGAGAUUGAGUAUUUGUUGGGUUUUGAUGUUUCCCAUGUCAAAGCUGAAGCAGAUCUCACUAAAAAUGACACUUAGGGACUUGUUAUUUGGUUAAAAAGUCCAGGCAGAAUUCCAAUAAAAAUCAUCUUCAAAUUUUCUGAAUUCGUGGGCUUGGAGAACAAAGUGGUCCAGAUUCUUCCCAGAGUGGCUGAUUUGACUGAAAAUAAGCAGGUUACAGUUGAAAUAAAAGCGUAAACAAAGAAAAGGUUCAAGGGCCCACAGGUUUUAAGUUGUGUUAAAAUGUCCGUCAUUUUUUCUUAAGGAUUUGAGUUUGGUUCUGGAAAAAUCUGGAAGUUGAUGUCAUCUUAAUCAAAUAUUAAAUCGAAGCAAAAAUCACGCUACCAAGAAGGCGGCCAUUUUGGGAUUCAUUUCUAAGUUCAGUGUCAAAAAUGUCUACCAGGUUUUCUUAAAUGCACUGAGCUGAAGCAAGGAUCAGUGGGAAAGGAGGGUUUUGUUUUUUUCCCUUCAUUUCAUUUGGAUUUACUUACACCAUUUUUAUAAGUUUCAAAAAUUUCAAAAAGCUUGUCCAUCAUAACUAUAGAUUUAAAGCUAGGAUUGUUGACAAAGAAGGUGGCCAUUUUGGACUUAAUUUUUAAAAUGUCUACCAUGUUUUCUUGGAUUUAAAAAUUUUGAAUUUGGGAAUUCUACUUAAAUGCACUGAACUGAAGCAAGGAUCAGUGGCAAAGAAGUGUUUUUUUUUUCAUUUCAUUUGGAUUUAUUUAACCAUUUUUAUAUGUUUCAAGAAAAGUCCAUCAUAAUUAUAGAUUUAAAGCUAGGAAUGUUGACAAAGAAGGCGGACAUUUUGGACUUUUAAGUUUCCCAAAAUUGGAUGGGACUAAAAUUAUAAAGGCUUGGAAGUUUUGCUCACCAAUCACGUAUGAAUCAAAGAAAGGAUCGUCAACAAAGAAGGUGGACAUUUUGGAAUUUUCUUCAACUUUUUUUGAUUUCCAACGACACAAGCCCCACUCCUUGUAAACUGUCUACAAUAUGCAAUUUCAUAUCACUUAUUACAUUGUUGUUUUUGCACAUCUACAAUUGAGAUUCCUAAAAGGGCAAUUAUUUCAGUUAGCGCAGAAUUCCACUAAAUCUCGGAAUCAGAAUAAUUAAAUUUUCCUCCAAAGAAAAAGACUUGUAUCCAAUGUUAUCUCAUCUAUUUCACAAUAAGCAGGACACGUGUACAGCUAAAAUGGCCAAGGAUGAAGACUUAUUAAAAAUGGACCAAAACUCACUGUCCACCUUCUGUUAUAAACUAAUAUGGAUUUUUAAGGUGGAUACGUGGAAAGGUUGAUAGUUCGAAGCCAGAAGCACCUUAGUUCGAUCUCGAAAUGACAUAAGGGAACAAAGAGGGACUGCCCCCAAAACUACAUUACCCACGAUGCACGGCACUCAGAGGCUGGGCGGACCACGCUGGAAUUAUGCAAGAAGAGAACACACAAAUACAGGGGGAACACUGCGAGUACUUUUUGUUCUGUGCUAAAGUGCAUGUGACAGGUUUGACUACGCCUUUCACUAAAACACAGUUAACGUCAUUAUAUUUAAGAUUUUAAUUACAAUUUUGCCACAUUUUUUCUAGUUUAAUUUCGGUGAAGGAUAUAGUUUUACUUCUUGGUUGGACACGGGCAGCAGAUGCGCCAUAUGUAAACGUAAUUCCAUAACUGUUACCUAGCAAACAUGAUGUAAACAAGGGCCAAAACUUGUCUAAACUGCAAAAUAUUUAUGAUUAAAACAUAGACUGUAUAAACUAAGUGAGUGUGACGUCACCCACAGCGUUUGGCUCGAGUCAAAUGAAGCUCAUCGAGGCUAGCGGUCAUAGCGGCUAAUUUAGAGCCGAGUUCUAUAUUUGGAAUUCAGAUUGUGAGUAUCAUAGCAACCAAAGAGCCAAUCCGGAGCGAGGCUGUUGAAGGCAAUGCCCAUCCUGCCCACAUAGCUGGUUUAGCAACGCUGUCAGUCAAACCUGUUGCUAAUGCUAAUAGGAGCGACCUUGCCUGAUUUGCCUGUGAUUAAUGUUCAUGUCUUGAUUUUUCAUUUUAAGACCAAAAUGACGAGUCUGACAGCAGCAGUUACAGAGAGAGAAGCCACGUUUUUUCAAUAGAAAGUGAAUUGGAGUGAGUGGAGCCGGAAGCGCGCCGAUGCUAGCUUCCUAUUUGGAACAUGGUGGUUAGUGUGUUAGCUAUGUCCAUUUAUAUAUACAGUCUAUGGAUUAAACACAUUUAAUCUUGUUAGUUUCUAUGUUGUUGACAGAGGCAGAGUGAUUCUGUUUAAGAACUCACCACUACUUCCUGUAUUUUUGUAGUUUUAUUUUACACUUUUUUUCCCCACAAACUGCCUCUUAACUGAUGUAAAACUCUGAUAAAUAUUCACCACAGAUACUAUCCACCAAACCAAGUCACAAUUAGAAAAACAAACACCUGUCAUAUGCACUUUAAAUAUGUCUUUAAUUUAUUUGUCCAAUAAUACUGUAGAUAUAAUUUUAGUUAAAGGCGCGCUGUGUAACUUUUCUGGAGGAUCAGGUCUUCACGGAGAUGUUAUCACUUUACCUGGAAUGCUCCACAGUAUGGCAUUAAACUUAUUCAUCUUGGAUUUAUUCAAUUACACCUCUUUGUAUUACUAAAAUACACUGAUAAACAUGCAUUUUUACCGUGAGCAGGGCCGCCUUUCCACAGAUUUGACCUGUAGCGUGUGUCUCAAUGGAGAUAUACAAGCUUAAUGCUAAAUUGUGAAACAGUUCUCCAUCAGAAAAGUUACAUAGUGUGUCUUUAAGCUUAAAAGAGCAAUGCCACAAUAGUAAAGGUUAAAUUGUAGUUUAUUCAGUAAAGGGCUGUUAAAAUCUGAAUUUACAUGUGAUUAAAACUUUUGCUCCUGUCUCAGUCACUGAAAUUAUUUUAAAAAAUCCCUCUAAGAUUUAUUUUUGACAGUUCAACUUUCGAUAUUUAAAACAGUUGUAGUCCUGCCGUUCGAUUGGUCGUCUAAAAAGGGGGCGUGGCAAAAGCUCUCAAAACUAUUAUGUAUCUCUCAAAACUGCACUUACAAGACUACAACUGCAGGGGGAGUUCAUGCAAAAACUACUAUUUAUGCAGGAAAAAAGAAUUAGAAAUGCAUAGACAAAUUAAACGUCAUGAGUUUAUCUGACUUUUUACAUAUAAAUAUAAAUAAAAAAAACAAAAUCUGCUAAUUCACUUCUUUCUGCUGUUGUCUCAUAUAAAUCCUUAUAAUCUAACAGACUCCACCGACCGACUAAACGACUCAAGUACAGCCCUGCACGGUUGAGUUGUUGCUAGUCCCGGUCUAGACUAGUCCAGGUUUAGUCCAUGUUACUGUUGUGGCAUUUCACUGUAUGUUUGUGCCUUUUGAUUCAUUUCGACUUGUAACUGUAUUUUGGUUUGAAUGUAAAGAAAUGUGUAAAACUUUGAGAGUCCCAACUGGUGUUUUUCAGUUGAAGUUAUAAUUAAAUUAAACUCAAACAUU